AAGGACAUGUCGAUCUUCUCCAGACUGUCGCUGCUGCCGCUCCGGGUCCCAGCAGCGGCCGAGGAUCCGGACGGCAACGCCGCGGCCCCGAACGCGCUCAUGGCCGCCCUCAGGACCACCGCCGCCGCCUCCCAGCGACCGCCCCCAACGGACCGCGAGCGGCAAGUGCGCAUGCGCGGAGCGCGAACGGCGCGUGCGCCGCAACCCCCCUCCGAACACCGUCAUCUCAGGCACGCCCACGACGCAUGCGCAGCAACGGCUCCUCAGCCGCGAGAGCGAACGCCUGCGCCGAGGAAAGGUGCUGCCUCUUCCACCCCUCCCGCGCGGGAAUUGGCACGGCGCCCCCUGGCGGCCGGGAGGAGCAGGAAAGAGCACUGGAAGCUGCUGGGCAACCUGAAGACCACAGUGGAAGGGUUGGUGUCCACCAGCAACCCCAACGUCUGGUCCAAGUAUGGCGGCCUGGAGCGGCUCUGCAGGGACAUGCACAGCAUCCUGUACCAUGGGCUCAUCCACGACAAGGUGUACUGCAGGCAGAAGGAUUACUGGCAGUUCGUGAAGGACAUCCGCCGGCUGAGUCCCAGCUCUGCUCAUCACCUGGAGAAGUUCAUCAGCCUGCAUGAGAACAGCCAGCCCAGCCCAGACAGCCACAGUGACCAAGCUAUUGCACAGCUGUGGCUGCAGCACAGCCUGCAGUUCCACUGCCUCUCGGCACAGCUCAGACCUCUCCUGGAGAACAGGCAGUACAUAAGGAAGUUCUACACAGACACAGCCUUCCUUCUCAGUGACGCCCACGUCACAGCCAUGUUGCAGUGCCUGGAGGCUGUCGAGCAGAACAACCCCAGGCUGCUGGCUCAGAUCGACACAUCCAUGCUGGCUGGCACAUCACUGCCCUCCGUGUGCUCCUCAGGUCCCUCUGCUGGGACAGGAGAGAUGUGUGACCACGAUGCUGUAGGACAACAGAGCCGCCUGCCUGGGGCACUGGGCUGCCUAGAUCAUCUCGCUGAGAGCCUGCUGACCAGGAAGGGUGAAGGUCUGUCUUCGGUGACGAAGAGUCAGAGCCUGACUGCGCUCCCUGGGUCUUUCUAUACCCUGUCUCCAGGCUGCAUGCAGCAGCACCACUGUGGGUCCUUCUCCAGCCUGCCUCACCCGGCCUCCUCUGGGCUCUCAGACAGGAGACCAGCAAGCUCCUCCAUCAGCUCAAGCUCCAGCCAACCCCAGGAACACUGCCUGGCCUCGCAGUCCUCCUCCUUCAGCGAGGGCAGGUCUCCUCUGGAGCAGCCCAGCGCUGUCCCUCCAUCCCACAUCCCCUCACCCAAAGACCCCUUCUCUCCAGCCAACGAGAUGAGUUCCAGCACCACCAGCCAGAGUGAGGACACUUGGACAGGGAGUCAGGAUGAAUCACAAAGCGAUGCUAACGAUGGGCCGGAGUACCUGGCCAUCGGGAACUUGGGGCGCCGUGGCCGGGCCUGCAGCACCAGCAGCACCAGCAGCAGUAAGAGCAGCAGCUCCAACAUGUUCUCCUCUAGCAGCUCCCAGAAGCUGGACUCAGGGGAUCGGGGGGCAAACGGAUGUGGCAGCAGGGGCCUGGGCCUGUUGCGCCGGUCCAGCUUUUCAGAGGGACAGUCAUCGGUGUCGCAGGGCGUCCUCAAGAAGAGCCACCUGCGCUCACACUCUGACACCAAUGUGGCUUCGGGGAAAUUGCACGGAGGCCUCAGGGAUAUCACCAUUAUAAUAGAAGAUCCAGUGGCAGAAUCCCAUUCAGAUACAGGUGGAGGAAGAGGGAUGGUCUCUGGUUCCACUCAGAGCAGUGAACUGAGCACGCCCAGCUCCCUCUACAUGGAGUAUGACUCUGGCCAGUACCUGAGCUCGGGGGAAGGAAUGUUCAGAAGACCCUCAGAAGGGCAGUCCCUCAUCAGUUACCUCUCUGAGCAGGACUUUGGCAGCUGUGCAGAUCUGGAAAAGGAGAAUGCUCACUUUAGCAUCUCAGAGUCACUAAUUGCUGCUAUCGAGCUGAUGAAAUGCAACAUGAUGAGCCGGCAGCUGGAGGAGGAAGAGGAAGACAGCGACAAGGAGAUCCAGGAGCUCAAACAAAAGAUUCGCAUUAGGCGCCAGCAGAUCCGCACCAAGCACAUGUUCUCUAGCUGCCAGGAGAUGGGCUCAGACAGCCUUGUGGCGACAGACAGUGAGUCCCAGUUCAGCUCCCAUGGCUCCACGCGCCUGUCUGAUUCGGGCUCUGCGGAGGAUGUGGAGGAGUACGAGAUCCGAGAUGGUAACGAUGGAUCUAACCUGAUUCAAAUGUCCAAGGACGGCCUCUCAGUGUCAAUGGCUUCCUUGUUCUCAGAUGCAGACAUCAAGAGGAACCCUGACUCCAGCAGGAAGUCCUUUCUCUCCUCAGAGUCCAUAUCCCAUUCAUUCGGCAAUUCAAACUCUGCAGAAGCUGUGGCCAUGGGUUUGCUGAAGCAGUUUGAGGGCAUGCAGCUGCCAGCUGCCUCCGAAUUGGAAUGGCUGGUCCCUGAACAUGACGCCCCGCAGAAGCUCCUGCCCAUCCCCGACUCUCUGCCCGUCUCUCCUGAUGACGGAGAACACGCCGACAUCUACAAGCUGAGGAUUCGGGUGCGUGGAAACCUGGAGUGGGCCCCCCCACGACCACAGAUCAUCUUCAACGUUCACCCAGCCCCAACGAGGAAGGUAGCUGUGGCCAAGCAGAAUUACCGGUGUGCAGGCUGUGGCAUCCGGACCGAUCCUGAUUACAUCAAGCGACUGCGGUACUGUGAGUACCUGGGGAAGUAUUUCUGCCAGUGCUGCCACGAGAACGCCCAGACAGUCAUCCCCAGCCGCAUCCUGCGCAAGUGGGACUUCAGCAAGUACUACGUGAGCAACUUCUCCAAAGACCUGCUGAGCAAGAUCUGGAGCGACCCGCUCUUCAACGUGCAAGAUAUCAAUCCUGCCCUGUACCGGAAGGUGAAGUCUCUCAACCAAGUGUGGCUGCUGCGAAUCCAGCUCUUCCACAUGAAGAACAUGUUUAAGACCUGCCGGCUAGCUAAAGAUCUCCUGGACUCCUUCGAUGCAGUGCCUGGCCACUUGACAGAGGAUUUGCAUCUCUACUCUCUGAGUGACCUCAGUGCCACCAAAAGGGGGGACCUGGUGCCUCGCCUGACAGAGCUCCUGAAGGCAGGCAGCCUGCACGUUGAGAAAUGCAUGCUGUGCCAAGCCAAAGGCUUCAUCUGCGAGUUCUGCCAGAAUGAAGGCGACAUCAUCUUCCCCUUUGAGCUCAACAAGUGCAAGACAUGUGAAGAAUGCAAAGCCUGCUACCACAAGUCCUGCUUCAAGUCCACACGCUGCCCUCGCUGCGAGCGACUCCAAGCCCGAAGAGAGCUGCUGGCCAAGCAGAGCAUGGAAUCCUACAUCUCAGACUAUGAAGAUGAUGAGCUAGAGCAGCAGGAGGCAGCAACAGCCACCUAAGCACGGUGCAGCAGAGGAGCAGGCACCGGGUUUAUUUACACCUUCAUCACCAGAGACUGAACCAAGCAUACUUACGGUGAGGAGGACUGGCAGGAUACUCAUCAUACCUGGAGCAGUGUCAAAGGGAUCUGCUUUCCCCUGUACAGCGUUAGGGAAGGAUUACCUUCUGUCAUCCAGUCUGUUCCAGGUAAUGGACGCCCUGGGAUGCCUUGAUGAGGGGAAAGGUGGUGGCCAGUCCUGUCUGCCCCAUAGGCAGAAAGUGAGUCUUUACCAGGCAAUCACUUGUGAGCCUGUCUGCAGCCUCCUCCUUGUCCAUCUCCAUCCCCUUCUUCCUGGAGGAGUCCUCGGUGGGGUCAGCACUUUCUGCUCAUCAGCUGGACACUGGAAGCUCUGGCCAUCUGCUCCUGGGAGAGGGAAGUCAGCUCUCCAAGUCCUCCCAUUCUGCUUCUUGCUGCUAGUUUGUGUGUACAUGGAAAUAUGGGAGGGCUUGGGGGGGGGGG